AUGGCGGCGGCCAAAGCGAGCUCCCCGUCACUGCCAAGCACGCCGUGUGACAUCCACAAGGAUGCCGUGGUCUGCCAAGAAGCCAAGGUGCAGGGCACCCACAGCAUCAAGGUGGGCGAGGGAACGGUCAUUCAUCCCGCCUGCAUCCUCCAUGCAAAGGCCGGCCCAAUCGUGAUCGGCCGAUUCAACGUGCUAGAGGAGCAGGUGGAGGUCGUCAACUCCUCGGACCAGCCCCUGGUCAUCGGCGACCACAAUGUCUUAGAGGUGGGCGCCCGGGUCCUCGGAGGCGGCGGCCCCCGCCUGGGCGACGCGAACCUCCUGGAGAUCCGGGCGACCUUGGAUGAGGGCUGCUCUGUUGGCAGCGGCUGCACCCUGGGCGCCUGUACGUCCCUGAAGGAAGGCGAGGCUCUCGGCGACGAAAUGGUCGUGAUCGGGCCUGGCCUACGCCACGGCGAGCCUGGCGCCAAAGAAGCGCACGUGCAGGCCGUCCUGAAGUACAUCGAGGUGCUGAAGGAAACCUUGCCGCGGUGCCACCACCUGCGCAAGAGCAACGUGAAGUCCUGA